AUGGAUGCUCCAUCAAAUUUUUGGGAUGCUAUUGAUAUUUGGAUGUCAUUUGUUAAAUCUGUAUUGGCACUUGAUGCGAUUAACUAUGCAUUUUUAGGGGAAUUCGUGGAUACUCUAGGGAAUUUGUGGGAAGCUGUUGAUAUUUGGAUGUCAUUUGUGAAAUUGUUAUUGGCGCUUGAUGCGAUUCACUGCAAAUUCACGAGUGCUCCAGGGAAUUUGAGGGAUGCUGUUGAUAUUUGGAUGUCAUUUGUGAAAUCGUUUUUGGCGCUUGAUGCUAUUAACUUUUUUGUGAUUGAUCCAUUGUCCCAUUUCUACGCUGGUGUUUCUUUCUCUGAAACUCUUGGCUUGAAACUGGUGAUUACUUCAAUUUUGAACCUUUUCUUUCUGCAUUGUGAUAAUUAUUGGAUUUUGAAGUGCAGAUGCUAUCUAAAGUUGUUUGAUUCUCCUUUGAACUCACUGUAUGAAGAAGAGGAUGACACAUCAAAGACUCCUUCUCAGAAAAAGAAAAUGAAGAAGCAGAGGAAGGCGGAACGAGCUAAGAAAGAGGCAGAGGAGAAAAAUGAAGAAUCAAGUUCUAGUGGCAUGUCUAAGUCUGGGAAACAACAUGUUAAACCUGUAGAUCUCGAUCCUUUUGGAGAAAAAUUAUUGAAGACAGAGUAUCCCUUGUCCGAAGCAACGAAGUACUUGAAGUUGCUUCAGAAGAACUCACCUGAUUCUUUGGAGACGCACUUACUUUCUUUUGAAGUAAAUAUGAGAAAGCAGAAGAUUUUACCUGCCUUUCAGGCUGUAAAGCAACUGCAAAGGCUGGAUGCUGAGAAUCCAGAUUCACAUCGCUGCUUGAUUAAAUUUUUCCAUAAAUUGGGCUCAAUGCCUGCUCCAUUAACUGAUGCUGAAAAACUUGUUUGGAGUGUCUUAGAAGCUGAGCGUCCAUCCAUCAGUCAAUUGCAGGAGAAAACUCUUAGUGAGGCGAACAAAGUUUUCCUUGGUAAACAUGAAGAAUCUUUGAUGCAUAUAGUGGCAGUUGCAGAAAUGUUAUAUACCUUGGAGCACACCAAGAAACUUGAGGCUGUUAAGUUAAUUGAAGAUUCAUGCAAUAAAGUCAUGCCAAUGAAUGGGGCACUUGGACCAGUACUGGCGUGGAAACUCAAGGACUGUAUUGCAGCCCAUAAACUCUUAGAAAAGGUUCUUAUUGACCGAGAUGCUACUUUGAGGGGUUCCAUCUUUAUUUCAGACCUUUCUCCCUUGUACGGUCACCCUAGAAAGGCAGACAUAUUGGAACAACUAAUUUUUGAGUUGGAGCAUUCAAUUAGGACCGCCGGCAGAUACCCUGAUAGCAUUAUGACAGAAGAGGACAAUAUGACGUUGCUCUUUCAAAAAUUAAUGAGGCCAUAGAGCACACACCAACUGUAAUUGAUAUAUACUCUGUCAAGAGUCGGAUACUGAAACAUGCUGGUGAUUUGGUAGCUGUGGCUUCAUUGACAGAUGAAGCUAGGUGUAUGGAUCUUGCAGAUCGCUAUAUAAACAGUGAAUCUGUGAAGCGAAUGUUGCAGGCUGAUCAGGUGGCUUUGGCAGGAAAAACUGCUGUUUUGUUCACGAAAGAUGGGGCCAGCACACCAACCUUCAUGACAUGCAGUGCAUGUGGUAUGAACUUGCUUCUGAUGAAAGUUACUUUCGACAUGGUGAUCUUGGACGAGCCCUGGAGAAAUUUAUAGCUGUGGAGAAGCACUAUGCUGAUAUUACUGAAGAUCAAUUUGUUUUCCAUUCUUAUUGUUUGCGGAAAAUGACACCACGUUCAUAUGUUGGAAAGCUAAAAUUUAAAGAUUGGUUGCAUUCACUUGCUUAUUUUCACAAACUAGCAGCUGGAGCCAUCAGGUAAACCCCAUAACGAAAGUUAUUGCACGGCAACAAAAAGUUCAACCCAACAAUGAAAAGCAGCUUGAGGUUUUUGUUCUUUUCA